UCUCAUCACAAAUGUAGAAUUUGGAAUCUUUAGCUUUCACUAAUUUUACAGUUUAUAACGACUCUUUGAAUACUAAUGUAACCGCGCAAAAGUUCUGCGAAAUCUGCAACAAUGAUAGAACCCAUUACUUCAUGGUUCAAAAUCUCAAUUUCCCGGUUAUUAAAUCAAUGCAAAAGCAUGAAACAGCUCAAAAGGAUUCAUGCCCAAAUUCUUAAAACCCCUAAAAUUUCAGAAUCAGACCGUUAUUUUCUCACUACUCGUCUACUCUUCUUUUGCGCCAUUUCUGAAGCAGGUUCCCUUUCUUAUGCUAACAAAGUUUUUACUCAUUUGGAAAGACCAAAUCUUUAUGUUUAUAAUGCUUUAAUUAGAGCUUAUUCUAGUAAAUUAUAUUCUGGGCAGUUCAUUGAUUCUUACCCCUCUUUAAAUCUGUAUAUUCAAAUGCUAAGAAAUGGGAUUUACCCUGAUAAUCUUACUUUCACAUUUAUCUUAAAGGAGUGUAGUAGAAGGGUUGAUGGGUCAAUGGGUUUGGCUGUUUAUUCACAAGUUGUGAGAUUUGGGUUUAAUUAUGAUUUAUAUGUUGAAAAUUGUAUGAUUAGUUUGUUGUGUGAAUGUGGGUUUUUGAGUUGUGCACAGAAGCUGUUUGAUGAAAUGCCUGAGAGAGAUGUUGUUUCGUGGAAUUCGAUGAUUGUUGGGCGUUUGAAAAAUGGGGAGCUUGGUUUAGCAUUGAGUAUGUUUAGGAAAAUGGAGGAACGGAAUAUUUUUACCUGGAAUUCUAUGAUAUCGGGUUUUGUUCAAGCUGGCAAGCCAAAGGUUGCUUUGGAGUUGUUUCAAGAAAUGCAGCUGAUGAGGGAUGGUGUAAUUUGGCCUGAUAAGAUGACGUUUGCUAGUGUUAUUUCGGCUUGUGCAUCUCUUGGCGCAAUUCACUAUGGUGAUUGGGUGUAUGAUUAUCUUCAGAAGAGUGGGUUGGAGAUUGAUAUGGUGACUGCAACAGCAUUGAUUGACAUGUAUGGUAAAUGUGGUCGUGUGGAUAAAGCAGUCAAAACCUUCAGAGAUAUGCCUAAGAAAGAUGUUAUGGCUUGGACUGCCAUGAUCUCAGCCUAUGCUCUUCAUGGGUUUGGGAAAGAAGCUUUGGAUCUUCUAAAUCAGAUGGAAAAGCUUAGAGUAAAGCCUAAUCAUGUUACUUUUGUUGGAAUUUUGUCAGCAUGUGCUCAUGCUGGCUUAGUAGAGGAGGGCCGCCUGUGCUUUGACAUGAUGACACAUGUUUACUCUAUUGAACCCCGUGCUUAUCACUAUGCUUGUAUGGUUGAUAUGCUUAGUCGAGCCUCGCUCUUUGAUGAGGCAGAAAAGCUUAUCAAUGGCAUGCCAAUGGACCCAGAUGCCUAUGUUUGGGGUGCUUUGCUCGGUGGUUGCCAAAUGCACAAGAAUGUAGAGCUAGGGGAGAAGGUUGCUUUGAGAUUGAUUGAAUUGGAUCCCCUGAAUCAUGCUUUCUACAUCAACCUUUGUGAUAUAUAUGCUAAAGCUGGUAGAUUUGAUGAUGUAAAGAAUAUAAGAAACUUCAUGCAAGAGAAGGGAAUCAUGAAGGCUAUGCCAGGCUCCAGCAUGAUUGAAAUUGAUGGUGUUGCUCAUGAAUUUUCUGUUAGAGGAUCACCUGAACUUGUGAUGGAUGAACUAGUUUUUUUAUUGAGUAGACUUAAUUAGAAGAUGAAGAUAGGCUCUCACGGAAAUGAUCUGGAUGAAUUUAGUCAAUAAUUGUGAAUGUUUAUUGAUAUUAUGGGAUAUUGGGAUGUGAAUGUUUUCAGUAGCUUGAAUUAAACAACUGCGCCCUAGUUGAUAAACUGAGAAUCACCCCUAUUGCUUUCUUUACUUCCAAAAAAAAUAGGGGAAAGCAUUGCAAGCAUGCCAAUGAGAAUGAUCAUCAUUCCAAACCUCUAUUGCCAAAUGUCAAGGAGCCUUGCGCUGCUUUCAGAAAAGUUACUCUCUCAGAAUUCAGAAGCACGUCAAGACCAGAACUUCUUGUAUCAUUAUAAAGGUUUCUAAAUCAUGAAUGAGAAUGCAUCGUCCACAUCUACAGCUCUAAUCUAGAUGAGAACCAGCUGUUGCUUUCACAAUAAACAGUCUGUGCUAGUGUUGCUAGAUGCUAUUUCAAUUUCUAAACAGAAGAUGGAAGUGUUAGACGAUUAAAAUUCCUCCAAAUUUCACAGAAUAUGACCUCAUUCAAGAUUAUGAGAUUAUCUACUGUACAGUUAUUGCCCUCUGCACACAGAAGCAUGCCAAACAUAUUAUCAGGUUGAGAGAGUUUAGGAUGCUCUAAUUGUUUGGAGUAGAAAUUGGCUCCUUUCCAGUGAAGGCAAGUUAAAGCUGUAAAAGUGUGACAAAUUAAACCUCCAAAGUUCUCACAAGCUUGAAUCUGGAGGAUAUAGUUGAAAGAAACUAUGUGAGACCUAGGUGCAAAGGAAGUUGUCCUGAUCACUUUUCAAGGAACUGAUAGGUUGAGCUCCAGAAAAUUUUGCUAAUCCCCGAUCACCACCACUAGAGGCGUGUUCGAAGUACCGCCACAGUCCACGGCUAUCCAAGGUAUUGUCAAAGUUAAUAACCACGAUAAUAUUUGAAUGGUUACCAUACAUAUCUAUGACUAGCGUAAAUAUGAGAUUGAAUUGUUUUGUUGGUCUUUAAGAUUAACUAGUAGUUACUCACUUCGGUAUCUAGUACUAUAGUGAGUACAGUCUACAAUAGUAGAAAGCUUAUAGAAUCAAUAGAUUGAUUAAAAACCAUGAUGCAUUCUAGCUUGCUUUUUUAUGCCUUUCCUGAUUCAAAAUCUAAAUUUCACAUUCAACCACCUUUGUUACUUAUUGUGACACACUAAUUUCUUCAUUUCUAUAAUAUGAACUUUUUAUGAGGUUGUGUAUGGUAG